AUGGGUUCUUGGUUCUCUACUCUCUUCAACAUGGAGAAAUCAUUAGAGUUGGAGUCGUCAAGUUUAGGUGAUUUGCCAGAGGGUUGCUUGGCAUCGGUCCUACUCUUCUUAGAUCCACUAGAGAUUUGCAACCUUGCGAGGGUGAAUCGACGCUUUUGUGGUGCUUCCUCUGUUGAUUUUGUAUGGUUAUCCAAAUUGCCUCCGAAUUAUGACGCCAUCAUUCACAGAGUGUUCGAUGAUUUUCCUUCAACACUAUGCAAGAAAGAUGUUUACGCGAGGCUCUGUAAACAGAAUUUCUUCGAUGAAGGAACAAAGGUAGUGUGGUUGGAUAAGAGAACAGGAAAGUUAUGUUUGUCAAUUUCUUCGAAAGACAUGAUAAUAACUGGAAUUGAUGAUCAAAGGUACUGGAAUUAUAUUCCAACUGAGGAAUCUAGAUUUGGCAUGGUGGCUUAUCUCCAUCAAAUUUGGUGGUUUAAAGCUAAUGGAGAGGUUGAGUUUCCAUUCCCACCUGGUAAAUAUAGUAUGUUUUUCAGGGUGCAUUUGGGACGGGCUUCAGAGAGGUUUGGGAAUCAAAUUUGUAACUCAAAUCAAGUCCAUGGUUGGGAUGUACAACCAACACAAUUUCGAUUUUCAACUUAUGAUGGGCAAGGUUCCAGAUCUCCAUGCUUUGUAGACACACCUGGAAAAUGGAUCCACUACCAUGCAGGCGAUUUCGUUGUUGACUGCCAUCAAACUGCACCAAAGAAAAUCAAAUUUUCGAUGACUCAAAUUGCUUGUUCAUAUAUUGAAGGUGAUUUAUGUUUAGAUUCUUUAGUUAUAUAUCCUACUGAGUUUAGAGAGAGGGUAGAGCCUUUUUAA